AUGAUGGCACCAGAGAGAUGGGCGGAUGCAAUGGAUGGCGCGACUCUCCACGGACAUGGUCUACACGGCCCACCCGUCGACACCCAAGUGGGCAUCAUCAACGUGGACUUCUACGUCACCGGUUCGUCUCGGAAGCACGAUUUCACGAAGGGCAUGUAUUGCCAAAUCAUCCGCAGUCAGAACAAUGCCCAGGGGGAGUAUCGUUCGUUGAUCAACGUUCCCGGUAUCACCGAGUAUCGCAACACCACCACUAACGAGUGGCACGACAACAUAUGGGUUCCCGCUUCAUACAUUGACGUUAAAGGUCGCUGGGAGACAGACAUCAACAAGUUCAAGCAGCAACUCGAUCUAGUUGCGGGAACCUUCGAACCCAGGAGAUGGGAGGAGCUGCCUGCAGAUUGGACCUGGGCCGGGAGCGUGCUCGGCAAAACUAUUCAACAACUCAUCGCGGCCUUGCAUACAAACCCAGCGAGUUUCUUAAGCGAUAAACUCGAUGACCUUGUCAAAACUACUCCUGGAGGCGUUAACGGGCUUACUGACAUCAUCAUCACUGGCAUCCGGAAGGCGGGCUUGUACGACGUGCUGAACGAGAACGACUUCACUAUCACCGAUCUGUACGAAGCAGCAACCGAUGUCAUCACCGAUGACUAUCGUAAAGGCCAGGGUGCUGGUAUCUAUAUGCGAAUUCAUCGUUCGGGUGAAGUGUUACCAUACUGGAAGCCAGACACGAGCUAUGUCUACGUCGGCAAGACAGUCGACUUCCUUUCUCGGCUAACUAGCCAUCGUUACGCAACUUCCAAGUACGGCGAUCUUACAAGAAACUCUGCCGAACUGAGUAUGUUUGCUCUGUGUAUGCUCGAGCCUGCAGCAACGACUGGACUUUUCUUUCUGGCAGAACAGAUAUUCACAUGCUUACUGGAGACCUACCGAUCGGAUUUGGAUAUCAGCCACGCUACAACUGUGCAGGUUGGAACCGUUGGUUCAUUGCAGCACGCAAUCUACUUCAAAGGGCUCUCGAGGCAAGUUUUUGCAAUCACGGGUUGGCCCGGGGGGGUCAGUCGAUCCAAUUUCGGAGUCCAAGAAGGAGCGAACUGGAGUUCUCCGCUACUGGAAUGGGACUUGAAUAGCGAUAAGACGUUGUACAUUCGCACAGACAGCAAGAUAACGGACAAGAACACCCUUCGUUCGAUCGACGUUUCUUCCUUUCGAAGUGCCAACCCAAGUACCGUUCCACCGGGGGGGCACAGGAACUUCCACCUCCUUCCCUCACACAAGCUUACCAUUCGGAGCUCUGUGAAUGGAAUUGGAUCUUCCGAUCUGCUGGAUGGAAGCGACCCAGUGGUUCCUAUCCCGCCGAAUACCAAAUAUCACCUGGUCAUGGAGGUGUAUAAAGAUGGUACACCUCACCCUGAAGCUUGGGCACAACUACCUGAUAUUCGUCGCUUCAAGAACUGGAACCAAGCAAACUCCCUCGCGGUUCGCAUCGAGUGGCAAGACCCAACUAAUCCAGUACAAUUGAGAUUUAGGUAUAUCAAGCGAGCCAAGCUGCAUUUGACCGAGGGCGAGCCUGCUUCGAUUGGGAGCUACGGCAGUGCUAUCGCCCUUCUUCCUUGGCUCUUUGGUUGCUCCGAAGAAUCAAGCUACGACUGGGUUCCAAAGACGUAUGCUCAUGCACGAGUCAUACAAGCCACAUAUGACAUGGUUCAACGUACGGUUACCUUUGGUCCCCAGAAAAAAGACUUCACCAUGCUGUCAGAUCAGAGAUUGAGCGAUGCGGAAAUCAGAGCUCAGAUGGAAGCUUCCCCCACGUUGAAGAAUAUCGGUUUUACCCUCGCUGACUGGAAGUCCUGGAAGCAUAUCCAAAGCACCAACAAUCCUGGGCACAGUGCUCUCUACCGUUCACGCAUCCAAUGCGACCUUUGCCUGAUGACGCGCGGAGCAUGCGACACGAGUGAUGGAUCGAAUCAAUGUACACAUUGUAGAGACGUCGGUUUACCGGUGUGUUCGUUCACACCAGAUCUCGCAAGCGGCACCAAUUACAACUCACACUUGAACGACGGGCUCUACCAUAAGGGUAGUCCCCUCAACGCAAAGAAUCUCAGGCUGUUUGUGGAAGUCAGGAAGAUUCUCCUUGCGCAACCACGUAUCUACCCUCAGGGAUCUUUCCAUGCGGCUAUAGCGCAACUGCAAACAUAUCAGGCCGACGUGGACGAGGAUGAUGCAGAUCUUGGAAUAUCAGAGUUCUUCAACGAGGAACCUUCUGUUACUGAUCAAGACGACGAUCUGUCUGAGUAA